UGCGCGAUUCUCAAUCCCAUCGCCGGCAUCGUCGUCGACAGUUCGCAGCCAGCAUCGAUCUGGGUAUCAUCUUGCAUCGACCCGUCGGUGACGUCGUGUGAAAAACAACCUGUGCUGCAGAGAAAAGAAAAACGCCAACAAAAACUGCCUCAGACAAACGAGCCAAAGAUUUUAUCUAAGUAUUGACGCACAAGGUUACAAUGCAGCAGCCAACGGUCGUAAUUGCUGGAGCACCCGCUGUCGGACCAGACCCCACCCAUCUGGUGUGUCCUUCAUGCCGGGCUACAAUUAGGACGCGCGUUGAGCACGACUCCACCACCAAGACGCACAUAAUCGCUUUGCUGUUGUUUGUGUUUUGCUGCUGGCCAUGCAUUUGUGUACCCUAUUGUAUGAACUCGUGUAAGGAUGCUAACCACUACUGCCCUAAUUGCAACGCGUUUAUUGGUAGUCAUAAGCAUUAACUGGAAUAUCAACAAUUAGAAUAUUCAACUAUUGACUCCAACCGUUCCUUAACAAGUAUAACCAUCAUAAACGCACGUUGAAAAUUUGUACAAAUAUGCCUACAGCUAAAGUGAUAAAAUAUAACUUUUCGACGCCAUCAA